UGUGUGUGUGUGUGUGUGAAAGAGUAUAAUUGUGUGUGUGUGAAAGAGUAUAAUGUGUGUGUGUGUGUGUGUUAGGGUUGGGUACCUUUCAUAUUUUUGCCUGAAAUUCGAAAAUGGUAGCCAACGCUACCUUUUUCAGUACUUCGUUUAAUAACAAAAAACAAUAAUUUCAAUCAAUAUAAUUGUGUGUGUGUGUGUGUGUGUGUGUGUGUGUGUGAGCGUGACGUCAGUCCGUGUGUGUAUAAAGUCUCCGUGGACUGAUGGAGAAUCAUCAGAAAGCGGCAGCUCGAGGAACUCCAGUGUUUUCUCCUAAACUCGUGUUAAUGUCGUGUGUGAAGAUGCUCGGCGCGUUCUCGGCGCUUCUGCUGGUGUGUGUGUGUGGGGUGUGUGUUCGCGGGAGCGCGGAUUUACCGAGAGAUUUCGGAGUGAAGCUCUGCGGCCGAGAGUUCAUCAGAGCCGUGAUCUUCACCUGCGGAGGCUCCCGGUGGAGGAGAAGCGCUUCCGAGCCCGGUCAGCUGCUGCUGGACAGAGACGAAGAGCUCGUCCCGUCUCUCUCAGAUCUGCUGUCCGUUCUGAGCGACACGCGCACCGGCGACCGGAAGAGAGACACCGGCGACCGGCGGAGGCGGAACUUCUCCGUGGGACUGGCGGGAAUGUGCUGCAAUCAGGGCUGCACCAAAAACGACAUCGGCCGCCUGUGCUGAGACUCACUGAUGAUGAUGAUGAUGAUGAUGAAGGACUCACUGACGAAGAACUGAUGAUCUCAGCGCUUCAUUUGUAUUUAUUUAUUUCCCAUCUGUUCAUAUUACCACAUGAAUAAACAUCAACUUCUUGAUUGCAACUUUCAUAUUAACUAAUAUUUUAUUCAUGACCCCACACGA